GGGACCUUCCUGACACAACUGACAAGUGAAAUUAAAAUGGCCGCUGCAUCCAUCCCUUCCACUUCAGGGAUAAAACAAACUCCAUUACAAAAUACAAAAGAAGAAAGAGCACACCAUCCUACUGUUGAAGAGCUCUUGAUUCAAAUCGAAAAUCACUUGUACAAAAGCAUAGAACAUAGAGCAUCCCUUCUUAUUGUUGUUUGGUCAUGUCUUUCUGUAAAAAACAAUUAUUUCCGAAACUUAGAAAAAAUAUUCCACAUGUUGUACAGAGAAAGUGCCAUGACAAUAUUUUGUGGGCACUGGCCCAAAGUAAAUAUUGUCUACAAAAGGGGCUUGGCUCGAGCCUUAAUACAGUUUUCACACAAUAUGAGCCAAUUUGUAAAAGGAUCAGAAGGCCUCUGUUCUGCCCUAGUGCUGGCAACUUAUGAUCCAUGGGGCGAUCCAAUGAUUCCACAACUUAUCAGCAAAGAAGCAGUUGAUGAAAAAAUAGUGGAUGAUUUCAUCAGAUCUGAACCUUAUGAACUGCUACUCAUACGAAUUGAAUGUCUAGUCAAUGCACACUUUGAAGAUGCUGCAAUCAGGUUAUGCCAAGGCUGUCUCAGAAAUCACUCAUCUAAUCCUGCCAACAGUGAACUCGAAUGUACCGAUGAUGAGUGGAAAUGGGUGUUUAUGGAGUGGCUGCUUCGCUUGCUGUAUCGUAAAGGAAGAUUAGAUGAACUUGUUGCAGCGUCUUCUUCAUACAGUUGUCAUGAUGGUGUUCGUCUUGUCUAUCGAACACGCUCUUCUCAGAUGCCAGAUUCUGAACACUUAACAGAAACAUUAAUUAAUUUGUUUCUGAUUCGAGAUCUCCUGUUCCAGUCAGAUUAUUGUUGCACAAGUGAACUUAUGAAGCUAUGGUGUGAUUUUCAAAUUCAGAAACAGAAAUCUUUUUUUGAAAUCCAAGAAUCUGCGAGAAAACUUCUAGUCGGACAUGCAUCCUCUAGUGCACAAUUCUACUUAUUUGUCGAUACUUUAUGGGAAAAAUUUGGAGCUUCUCUUUUACCGGUGUACCUCGAAAUGUAUAUACACGGACUUACAUCAGAUCUAAACUUCUUAGAAGCAGCUAGACAAGCAGACAAUAAAGAAUCUGUGAUAGAAAUUGAAAACCAUAUGGCAGCCAUGUACUUUAAACUUUCUUCUAUGUUUAAUGUUAUAAAUAAAGAAAUAUCUUUGGAAUGCAUGUUGAGUGCAUUUUCAUUGGACCCAACCAAAGAGAGAUUAGACUGGAUAAAAAAAUUAUCACUUCAGAUAUCCAAAGAUAAAGCAGUAAGAGCUUCGAAAGAUGAAAUGUGUAAGCAUAAAGCUUGUAGUAAAACCAAUCCUCACAGUCUUCAUCCACCAGCUAAGAGAAAAGCUGUCCUAAUGUGUGAUCAGGCGAUUCAGGUUAGUGAUGAUUCAUUUGAGAAUCCUGAAGAGACUGUUGAUGCAGGAGCUUGUAAUCAUGAUCAAGUACAAAAUGAAGGUCAAAAUUUUUCGACCAAUGAGACUCAAGAGAAACAAUUGAUGGUGGAGAAAACAGAAAAUAUCAUUCCAGAAGAAUCUGUCAAUUGUAUAAAUGCAGACAAAGUAGAUGAUUCUCCUGCCAAAGUUGAAAGCAGUGUAAAUUGCAAAGAAUUGUUGGAAAAUGACAAAAGCAAAGAGCUUCCUGCUGAGAAUGGGUAUGAAGAAAAUGAGAUUGAAAAUAAAGUAAAAUGUGUCCAGGAAAACGAGUCUGAAGUAUUAGAUUUAACAUCCAAUAAGAGGAGAAAAAAUCAAGAAAAUUCAGAAAAAGAAGCGCCGACACACAACGGUGAUAUAGUUGAAGAUGUUGCAAAAGAAAAUUCUAUUUCCUCAUUGAAUUGCAAGAACAUGAACAACUGUGAUAGUCUUGCUCAUGAUGAGGAUGCUAAAAUUGUAUGUAAUAAUGUUAAUGCUGAUGUUCCAAUCACUAAUACAAAAAAUUGUAUUGAAAACCAUUUGGUGUCUAAAGAUGACAAAAGUGAUCUUUCUCAAAGCGUGAAAAACGAAAAAGAGUCUUGUGAUGUGGUAGCUAAUUGUGAUGACAGUAAAGAGAAAAAUGAAAAAGCAUCAAGUAAUUCAGAUAAUUGCAUUGUCAAUGGUCAUGAAGAAUUAGAAAGCAAAGAAAAUUGCAAAAACCAAGAUGAAAAUAAAAGUAAUGGCAUUGCAGCAAAUCAGGAGCAUUGUGAUGAUGUUGAAAAUCCUGUUACAAAUACUUGUAAUGAAAAUGAGAAAGGUAAUGAAAAUGAGAAAAAUAUAACUGAUAAAGAAAUAUUUAAAUUACCCGACACUCCACAUUGCCUUGAUGUUAGUAAAGAAACUGAAGACACUGUAAAUACUGAAAAAGAAAAACAGGAUGAAAAUCAUUGUGAAGUUUCAAAGUUAAAUAUAAAUGAAGAAAACCUCAUUUGUCCUCUGGAUUCAAAGACAGAUAAAAGUCUAAAGAAUAUUUGUAAAUUUUCUCACAUUGUGCUAGACUCUAAAAUCUCAGGUGUGUCAUGCGAUCUUUUAUCCGAUUUUGUUAUCGUGCUUGAAAGCUUAAGAAACAGGCAAUUAAAGAGUUCUACCAAAUGGAGUCAGAUUAAACAUCUCUGCGAAGAUUAUUUAGAUAAUGUGUCAAACAUUCGAUGUAUGAUGCUAAACAUGCAGUUGAAUGAAAGUAUUGAUAGUGAAGCUGAUUCUGUGUCAGAAGCAAGAUUUGGUGGAUUCAAAGAUUUCCAAUCUCACCAAAGUGAUGAAAGCGUUGUUGAAGACCCUUAUACUGAGAAAACUCAUGUCCUCAAAAGGUUUAUGAAUGAGGAGAAUAUUGGAAAUAUGGCUACUUAUGUUAAUUUAUCCGACAUACAUUGUCCGCAAAUUCCGAUUGAAAAAUUAUUCUAUACAGAUCAUUCAUCUUCUCACUUGGGACACAAGAAAAGACAUAAAAAGCAUCGAAACCAUGAAAAGAAUCCGGAAAAAGUUGUUUUACGAAAAUUGCACCAUGGCUCUCGGGCAGAGCGCGAGCUUGGCAAGAGAAAGAAGCGUAAAAAACGUAAAGGAAAAAGGGGCAAGAAUCAUGCAAAAAAGCAUCAUUUCACUCAUGGGAAGAUAAGUAAAGGCUAUGUGAAAAAUAAAAAGAAGAAACAUCAUUUGAAAAAGAAAAAGGAAAACUCUGGUUUUAUUUCUGGUGAUUAUUGCAGUGAUUUCAGUUCUGCUGAACUGAUGAGAUUAGUGAAUGAGCAUUCCAACAGCUAUUCCAAAGUCCCUGCUACUGUGUCGAAGCAUCCUCGCUCCGGGGUGAUUCCCUGCCCCAGUGCUGCUUCUUCAGACUCUGAUGAACCGUCUAGAAAGAAACGAAAAGUUAGCUUUGACAAGAAGAAGGGCAAAGCCGGAAAAUACCAUGAUAAGCACAAGCAUGAAAAAUCGAAAUCAAGUAAGAGAAAGAAAAAACUGGCAGUCACAAACAGAGAAUCCAAAAUGAAAAGUAUAAUGCCCCCGAAUGCUGUUAAUAAUAAUAUUGACUCGAUGAAUGACUAUUCAAGGAUUGUUCAGUUUGCAAGUGUGAAGAAGAUGGAGGCUGUUCAGAUACAUCAAAGAUCUGUUGCUCUGAAUUUGUCUUCAAAAAUAAAUCAGCCUUUGAUUAAUCCAUGUGAGUCGAAUUCUGAAUUGAAACGGUUGAUGCAGCAGAACUUUGGAACAUGUUCGCAAGAAGAGCUGUUAAAAUUGCAAUUGUUAAUGGCUCAGCAGCAUCAGGAGAUUCCAUCAAUUUGCAACAGCAGCAGUUAUAAUGCUGAUCUUUCCUCCGCUUCUGCAAGCAAUCAAGCUAUUUUGAAGUAUGUAUGUUCUAAAAUGACAUCUCAUAUGCUGUCUGUAGCUCAGUCAAAUUGUAUGGUUGGAUCAGAUUCAGAAGCUAGACAUUCUCCUCAGUCAGUUCCAACAACCUCAAGCAAAGCAGCACCAAUGAAGAAACCUACUCAUACCAUAGUCCAACCACAAACUUUGUCGAAUAUUAAACAUGUAGUAAUAGAGCGUAAAAAUAUGCCAUACAAAAUUGCAACUAAUUCUCCAAUUGCUGGGGCUAUAAUACCUGUUAGUAGUUUACCCAGCUCAUCAAACUCGGAACCAUGCAAUUUGAUAGGAACUGUUCUUACAAGUGGAUUGAAUUAUCCAUCUACUUCUCCUCAAAUUACAGCUAUAACUAUUCCUAUGGCUCACAAUCCAACCACAACCAAGGUUAUUUCUAAUAAGUUUGUUAUACCUGUUAAGCAGUGUCAUGGUGUCAGAACUUCACCAACUUCUUUUGCGUUAGCAGCUGAAGCGGAAAAUCGUAACUUUGCAACAUCUGCAUCCCAAUCUACAACUGGUGUUUUUAUUGUGAAAAAUGGCAACGCUCAAAUUAUCUCAAAUACUCCACCGUCUCAAAGCUUGACAACAUGCUUAUCAGGGCCAAGGGUAGUACCUACAAUAAAAGCAAAGCCAAAUACAGUAAUUACAAAAACGGUGCCGAAAAUCAUCAAACAAGCAGCUAAGAAAUUGUCUAAACCACCAGUUAGAAAACCAUCAAUAGUCGUACCUAAAGUAUUGGUCCCGGUUUCUAGUAGUCAAAAUGUUAAGCCGAUGCCUGUUAAUAUCAUGCCAGAUAAAGAGCAGUCAGAAGCUCAAAACUUAUCUGUUAAAAUUACUGCACAUCAGGGAAUGCCCAAGAGUCCACCUACAGUUAUUGAGGAAACUAAAUCAGCAAUCAUUUUACCUGAAGUAACUCCUGUUAUGACCUCUUCAGAAUCUAUUGAUAUUAAAACAAAAGAUACAAAUAAUAUUGAAGUUAAUAAUCUACCUCCUUGUACUGUUGAUGACAAAUUAAAUGUUGAUAAAAUUAUAUUGCAGAGUGCAGCCUCGCCUAAAUCUGAAGUUUUUACAAGCUUUGAAAACAGUAGCAGUAGAGCAGUUACUCCAAGUCCAGAAAUUAGUCUUUCACAAUCUGUAGAACAAGAAAAAGCAGGAGAUUUGGGGAAAACUAAUGAAGUUCAAGAUAACCUUGAAAUUGAAAAAGAACUACUAGAGAAGAAGGAAACUGAGGAAGAGAAAGAAUGGACAGAAAAAGAAGAAAGUGAUAGCUUAGAUAAAACUGAUGAGAACUCUGUUGCUAAACUCCCGCAAGAAAUUUCUCCAGAAUCAACAGACGCUCAAAACAAAGAAUCUGUAAUGCCAUCCAAAGCAAAUGAUGAUGUUUCCGAAAAAACAAAAGAAGAAGUAUUUGUGACCCAAACAGAAGUUGUAUCACCAAAGUCACCUUUGUCUCCAAAGAAUGCUGUUGUUCCUUCUGAAACUGAUGUUUCAGCAGUGAUAAGCGAUACUACCUCCAAAACAUUUGAGAAUUUUGACUCGACAAAUAGUGAAAUAGUGUCGGAAGACAAAAAUGAAACAUGCUCCCCCACAAAAACUCUAGAUCUAAAUUCAACUAAACAACAAAAAGAACUGCAGCCAAUCACUACAAUUGAUUCUGCUGCCAAAGUCUCAGCAAAAGUCAGCUCACAGAGUAAAACAGAGAAUGGAACACAGGUUUCAGAUGUGCCUACUAGAUCCUUUACAUCAAUAAGUGAUGCAGUAAGAUUUAGCUUAAUGGAUAUGGAUGACGCUACAGAUUCAGUUGAGAAUCAGGUACUUCAAGCUUUUCAAGUGUCUCAUGAAUCAUCUCAAGAUUCUCCAAGAUAUGAUAACCCAACUAGUGAAGGAGAUGCCAACACAUCAUCUUCAACGGCUGUUAUUCUUACUACACCUCAGUCUACCAGUACUACAGAACUCAGUGUUAGUCGUGUAUCCCAAAGAUUUGAGUCAUCAGUCCAUAAUUCUCAAACAGAAAAAUUUUCAGGAUGCCAAAAUACUGUCUCCAGAACAACAACAUGGAUUUUAGAAGAAUCCUCGUUAAAUGAAAGUUCUCAAGCUAUAAGCGUUCAAAAAUCAUCAGAUAUUGAGUUUUCUGAAGGUAAAGAUGAUGAUAGACCAAAGAAAAAGCGAAAGAAGAAGGAUAGGGUAGAUCCUGAAUCUCCUCCUAAAUUUUGGUGUGAAAUAUGUUCAAAAGGAUUUUGUUCUGCUUAUAACUUGAGACGGCACUGCAGAAACGUUCAUAAGAUGAAUCUUCCCAGAGGGACAUCAGAUGUACCAUUUCCUUCUUCUCAGUGCCUUUCACAUUUGCAGCAAACAGAUGCUUCUCCAACUGAAAGUUCAACUCCCAGAAUACCGUAUGGAACAGUGCAGCAGACUGCGCUCAGUCCUAAAGGUUCCGAAUUCAUGCUGCCAUCUCCUUCACGGGAAACAAAAAGUCAAGACUUUUCAGUGAAAGCAUCACCUAGUCAACAUGGUUCACAAAUUCAAUCAUCAGAGUUUCAAAUGCAAACUCCACCCAGAAUAUCUUCUCAGGCUUCAUCAACACAUGUUUCUCCUGUAACUUCAAAGGACUUUAGAUUGAAUACGCCAACAACAGCAACAUCUCCUCAACUGCCUCAAAAUAAAUUGUCACCUGUAACAAAAUCUCCCACUUCUCCCAAAUUCCAGAGACUUCCAACCUCAUGUGCAGCUGCACAAGUUCCUCAGUUGGCAAAAAUAUCUCAAAUGCAGCAAGUUGCCUUAUGUGGACAACAAACACUGCAACAGCAAAGACAGCUUGGUCAACUACAGGCAUCUGGAUUAUUACAGCCUUUGCCAAGUGUCGCUUGUCAAGCUCAGCAGGUUCAAGCCACUCAGUGUCCUCAUUUUCAAAAUAAGCAGUUGGUUCAACAAAGAAUUGAUCAACUUCAGUUAAUGCAGCAUGCUGGUCAACUAUCUUCUGUUCAACAUGGGCCACAUGCUAUUCAGAAACAAACUCAAGUUCAGCAAUUCAAAAAAUGUAGCACAUCUCAGCAAGUGACAAAAAUGACAGAAUCAGAACAGAUACAGCAGGCUGCUCAGUUGGCUCAAAACCAACACAUUUUAGCAAAUCAGCAAAUGCAGAAACUCAUUCAAAUAAGACAAAGUGCUAUAGCUGCUUCCGGAGUCGCAUCUCAGAUUGCCUUAGGAAACACUGUACCAGUUCAAGGUUCAUCCAAAAGUGCAACUCAGUGCUUUCAAUCUCAAUUGGCUGCAGCAAGACAAGCAGCUGCUGCAGCUCAAUUGCCUGCAAGUCAGCGAUCACAAGGGACUAGCUAUAGUUUGCCUUCUCAUGAUGCUUCAGGCCAUCAGUUUUUUCCACCUUCCAUCCAUCCCAGUCAGGAACAAACUUCUUGCCCACAUUCUUCAUUUUCCUCACAAAAUAUAACAGAUUUCAGCUCUGCUACUCCUUCUUAUCCAACUAUUAGGUUAUCUACUGAGACAAAUGAUGGUCUUGAAGACUUGGAACAAUUUCUUUUGGAAAAUAUGCCAUGGAGUGGUGAUCAGGCAGCAUCCCAUGGCUUAGCCCAACAAGCUGGAAAUAGACCUUCCAGUGCUGAUUCUCUAACACUUGCAAUACCAACUCAGGUCUCUACUCCUAACAGAACUGGUAUAAGUGGGAAAAAGGGGACACCAAUAAGUAGACCAAAGCCAAGAAAACCUGUCGCUACACAGAGUUCAAAAAACUUGUUGGGAAACCUAGGCCGUGGUGUUAAGAAAAAAUCUUCUACAAAAAAGGUAAAACCAUUAGAAUCAGACUGCAUUGUAUCUAAAUCUGAAGGAUUUUGUCAGACUAAUAUUAUUAUGCCAGGAUCACAUAGUUUACAUAUAAUGCAAAAGCAAAAUGAGAAAGUUCAUGGCAUGGAUUUAGUUGAGCCAAAACAAGUGAAAGAUAGUGUAAAUGAGACUGACAGUUCAGACAGUGUGCAAUGUAUUAAUGUAACGCAUGGUGCCAUUUCAAAAAAUAUUUCAAUGGGUGUUAAUUUUACAAACUUUGCCCCAUCGGGACUUUGUACAGUGGACAAAAAUGUAAAUUCAAUGUGUCAAAUAGAUCCUGUUUCUGCAAAGGAAAUGUAUGAUAUUAGCAACAAGAAUAAUUUUUUAGACCAAUGCAAUUUAGUGAGCAAAACUUCUUCCAAUUUAGACCAAAGUAAAAAUACUACAAAUAUGAAUUAUAGUGGGAUGGGACAUAGCUCAGGGACUGCUUUUGAGAACUCAGAGAAAGAGCAGAAUUGCAGCUAUAAAAACUACAAUCUUGGCAAUGCUCCUCAAAUAUAUUCAAAAAAGUCAAAAACAUCUAAUGCUCAGGAUAUUUUUUUAGGGCAGCGAAAUAGUGAAGAGAGUGACAUAAAUAGUGAUAUCCGUAAGAAGUUAGCAGAAACUUCGACCCAAGGAAAUUUAAGUGCAUCAGAUGCAAAAAAGGAAUGUGAUAUAAAAAGGUGUUUGUCAAUUAUUGAAGAAAUGAGAGCAAAAGCGGCAAAACAUUCUGAUCCUUUUUUAGGUGGAAGUAAUGUUAACAAUAAAAGCAAGAGUUCAAAGAAAUGUACAAAUAAUAAAAUAGUUGAACAGAAAAAAGAAAUUGAAAAGAAGGAUUUUAUCACAAAUAAUAAUUUAGCAAGCACAGAAAUAUUUACGGCACCAGAAAAGGAAACGGCAGCUAUUGAUCAAACAGUUUCUGCACAAGAAUCGUGCAAUGAUGUACAUAUCGAAUGUGAUACUAAAAGUGUAGAAGGGUCAAAUCAGCUGUCACAAAAUCAUGUGAUUUCUAACACAGAAAAUUCUGUUAAAAUCUCAGAUGCCUCAACUGAUUUGGUGGAAGAUAUGAAAUUGGAAAAAGCUCCAGGUGUAAUUUUAAAUGGCAAUGAAAAAUCAAAGGAAAAAUCGCCUGAGGCUGAAAACUCUCAUGUGGAAAAUGUUACAAAAUCUGAAGUUACAGAAGUGAUCAAAAACAGUGACGAGCAAUCUUUACCAAAAGUUCAUGAUUUCGAAGAAAACACUGUUGUAUUUUCCAAUGUAAAAUCUGAAAUCAACAGUAAAAAUUUUAAAGACGAAAAUGCUUUGUCGCAGAAAUUGAACAAUCACAAUGAAAAUUCUAAUCAUGAAAGUAUAAAUCUGAAUGAUGAGAACUUCUUUUCAAAAGAAAAUAAUCCAGAUAAUUCUAGCUGUGAUCAAGGAUUAAAGCAGCGCAUUGCUUUAAGAUUUCGCAAAACAGCCGAUGGCGCUACUAAAUUAAGUGAUGGAGAUAAGAAUGUUAAAUAUUAUGUUACUGAAAAGACUUCAGAUGAUUUGAAAGUACCUUUAACCAAGAAAGGCUCUCAAAAGAGGAAAAAAUGCAAACAAGAGAAUAACAAAUCUGAAUUGUCAAAAACCGAUUCGAAGAAGUCUGUGUGUAAUAAAUUUGGUGGUGAAUCUGAACUGCAGGAAAAUGGCUUGAUAAACAGUGAAAAAUCGUUUACUGUUGAGAAAGAAAUUAACGGAAGUGUGCAUCCUUUGUCUCCUUGUAACGAGAUAGAAAACAAUGCAUCCCUGGAAAAUGAAGGUCAUGAAAAUGAAUUUUGUUUGGGUAAACAAAUUCACGACCCUUGUGUGAAUGAAAUACCCACCGGACGGUUGCGCUUAAGGGACACACCAAAGACUUCUGUAAAAAGAACUUGCCCCUGUUGUGUUGACUCUCAAGAACCAAAAAGGUGCCGUGAAAAUGGCACCAGCAACCUCACAAAGAAGAGUACAUUGAAAGCCAGAAACACUGUUAACGGACACAGUGAGAAAGUCAAUACCCGGUCUUCAUCUCGUCUCAGGUCUCGGAAUACCACUGUUAAUUGAUUGGUUUUAAUGUACUCUGACUUACUCAGCUAGUCUUUAAAAGUGAUGAAUGGUACUGUAUAUAGUUGAAUGUUUAAUAAUGAAAAGACAUUUUUAUAAAGACAUGUACAGAUUUAUAAGUACUUGUAAAAUAAACCUCAAUCGAAAGCUUCUAAUUCUCAGAUGACAUUUUUAUGAAUUAAUGCAAAACAUCUUGUAUUUCUGUAAUGUAAAUGACUUAAUAUUUAGAAUCAAGCAAGAAUGCUAAAUAAUUUUAUUUUUAACAUCAGUAAAGCAAGAUAUUGCUGCAUAUCAUUUCAUCAGCUUAAUUUUUCCUCAUAAGUGUAGAUUUUAUUGAAAUUCCUUAUAUUAAAGGAAUAAAUCUUUACAUAAUUUUAGUUGUAUGUCAUAUUUGAAUUCUCGAUUUCAUUUUCCUAUUUUAAGUCCUAUUUGCCAGUGACAUUUUGAUCAAACACAUGUUAAUUUCCUUUUGAUUGUUUCGUUGCUGCAUUGAAAUCAGAGAUUUUACAGACACAGUAUCAGUAAAACUCUAAAUUCUGAACGUUGAUUUUUAUAAUAGUUCCAUUUUAU